AUGACGAAAUUCCGGCCUUGUAUUGACCUGCACUCGGGGCAGGUCAAACAGAUUGUUGGCGGCACGCUGAGCAACGUCGCCGCCGACCUGAAGACGAACUACGUAUCGCAACUUCCCGCCAGCCAUUAUGCUGGGCUGUACCAGAAACAUGACCUGCGUGGAGGCCAUGUGGUGAUGCUUGGACCGGGGAAUGACGCCGCGGCAAAGGAGGCGCUGAGUACGUGGCCCGGCGGCUUGCAGGUUGCCGGAGGCAUUACGGACAAAAAUGCCCAGUACUGGAUUGAUCAGGGCGCUGAGAAGGUCAUCAUCACAUCGUUCCUCUUCCCAGAGGGAAAGUUCUCUCGGGAGCGACUAGAGUCCGUGCUGGCCGCGCUUGGAGGGGACCGGUCGAAGCUGGUCUUGGACCUGAGCUGUCGGAGGAAGGACAACACUUGGUUUGUUGCCAUGAACCGGUGGCAGACCAUUACCGAGAUGGAGAUUAACCAGGAAUCUAUCUCGAUGUUGGAGCCGUACUGCUCCGAGUUUCUGAUUCAUGCGGCGGACGUCGAGGGCUUGCAGCAGGGGAUUGACGAAGAGCUGGUGUCCAAGUUGGCUCAGUGGUGCUCGAUCCCGGUCACGUAUGCUGGGGGAGCGCGCAGUCUUCAGGACUUGGAGAAGGUCCACUCCAGUAGUCAGGGCAAGGUUGACCUCACGAUUGGGAGUGCCUUGGACAUAUUCGGUGGCUCUGGUGUGACCUUUGAUGAGUGUAUACAGUGGAAUCAGACUCACUGA